UCUUAAUUUCAUUGUAUAUGAUUUUUUGUUUUGUUUUGGUAGAUGAGUGCAGAACUUCAUUUGCCUACCCCUCUGGUACGCACACGGGAGUGUUAUUUUGCAAGGUACUCCAAGCAGGUGUCUGAUGAGAGGUGGGUGGUGGUUGAUAUGUCGUUGGAGAAGUUUUUUCCUUCUCCAUCAAACAAUUUUCACAAAAGACCAUCAGGCUGUUUGAUUGCAGGAAUUCCUAAUGGGACCUCCAAGGUUAUAUGGGUGGAGCAUGUGGAAGCAGACCAUAGCCAAUUGCAUGAUCUUUUCAAGCCUCUAGUCGCCUCUGGUUUGGCUUUUGGUGCAACGCGGUGGCUUGCUUCCCUAGUUCGCCACAGUAAAUGGUCUGAAACCCUUAAUGCACCAGUACUGUUUGCAGAGAAAGGGGUUCGCAUACCUCAGUCUGGGAGGACAACUUUGUUAAAACUAACGGAUAGAAUGAUGAGAACCUUUUGUCGCAAUGUGAGUGCUACUGCAAGCAAUCAAUGGAUGCAAAUGACUUCAUUUCCUGGUUGUGAGGAUGUGAGAGUGAUGAUCAAGAAUAAUCCGGAGGGUAUCCCUAUGUUUGGGAGAACAUCGCUGGUUUUCACUACUUCUCUUCGUCUUGAAGUCUCCCCAAACCGAUUAUUUACCUUCCUUCGUCAUGAGGAUUCUAGAAAGAAGUGGGAUAUGCUUUCUCAAAAUCUUACUACCGAACAGUUUGCCUACAUUAUCAAGGGAGAAAAUGCAGGGAACCGAGCUUCCUUGCUGCGCGCAAUUACUCCCAGGGGCAGGACUGACAUCUUUUAUGUGCAAGAGAGUUACACAGACUCAUCAUGCUCGUAUGUGAUUUACGCGCCGCUAGACGAGUGGGCUCUGCAAGGUAUUGCAAAUGGAAUCAACCCUGACAUUGUGAUUGUUCUUCCAUCAGGGUUUUCUAUUCUUCCUGCAGGACAAGAUCAUGAAGGAAAAGACAAUGCAAGUCUUCUAACAAUUGCAUUCAAUCUCAUUGAUAAUGAGGCUACUGAGUCAUGUAUUCCUCCUCAAUCGGUUGAAACCUAUUAUGGCAUUAUUACAGACACUGUUACCUCUAUCAAGGACGCAGUGCAGUAUAAUAAUCGACUCAACAAUUGGAUUGGAGAUUGAAAUUUCAAGUGAAAGCUUCGAGCUAGUCCUGGUUGUCCUGGAUGUAGCAAAAUGUGAUGUAGAUUGUAGUUGGAAGUUUGUGUACUCAUUAACUAUCUUAUUUGAAGCUGUUGGGAUCAUUGUAUUUUUUGAAAACAGGUUGUGAUAGACAGGUUUUUCCGUUUUAAAAAAACGUAUUCAAAU